CUGCUAAGCAAGCAAUCCGCGCCCAGCUUUGGCGCGGGCCGUGCUUUCACAAGCCUUGCUUCCCGAGGCUGGCAAAGCAGGACGGAGCCGCCCAAAGGGGAAGGCGGAGGUGGGAAGACAGGAUGGCGUGCUACAGCGGGGAAUACUUGGUUUCUGAAGAUGGGUUGCCUGAACCAAGAAAGUGGCGACCACUGAUGUAUAAGAAAUGCACAGACCCCAUUUGGUUGAUGAUAUUCUUCCUUUUUUGGUCAGGUUUGAUGUUUAUAACUGGCUAUGCUAUAAUGGCUGGAGCUGCAGAAAGACUUGUGUUUGGCUAUGACAGCUAUGGAAACAUAUGUGGUCGGAAGAAUACUCCUGUGGUAGGUGCACCAUUGUCAGGACAAGAUAUGAGAAACAAAAAAUACGUUUUCUUUUUGAAUUCAUGUAAUUUGGAAAUAAAAAAUCUUAAAAUUAAUUCACUUGCAUUGUGUGUAUCAAGUUGUCCACAAGAGCAGCUUACUUCCCUGGAAGAAAUUCAACUUUUUGCAAAGAAUAACGGUUCUUGCCUUUGUGUUUACAAUUUGAACGUUACCAGUUGUACACACAGACUCAAAACUGCUGAGCUUUGUCCUGCCCUACCAGUUCCACCAAGUGUAUCUUUCCCAUUGUUUAAUCGAUGUGUUCCACGAAACGCUGAGUGCUAUUCCCAGUUUGCAUCGGUAUUGAUAGAUGUGGUUAACGAAGUUGAUAUUUUUCAUCGUGUUCUGGGUGGAAUUAUGGCAGGAAGAGAUACAGUAAUAGGACUAUGCUUCCUUGCACUAGCCUUCUCUGUAAUAAUCAUGUUAGUCUUCAGAUUCAUCAGCAUGCUUCUGAUCCAUAUUUUUCUUACACUACUUAUAUUUGGAUUACUGUUUGUUUCUGGAGUCAUGUGGUGGUUGUAUUAUAAUUACACCAUCGAGGCCAGCAUAGAAUUAGAAACUGAAAAGGAAAAUAUGAUAUUGUUAUUUGGAUUUUCUAUCUUAUCUACAAUUAUUACGGUUAUCCUAAUUCUCCUGAUACUGAUACUAAGGAAGAGGAUUCACCUGGCCGUACAGCUGUUUCGUGUUGCCAGUAAAAUAAUUGGCAAUGUCCCUUCUUUGUUCUUUCAGCCUCUUUGGACUUUUAUAAUACUACUUUUCUUCUGGGUGUACUGGGUGGCUGUGUUACUUAGCUUAGGAACUGCAGGCAAUGCCCACGUUAUUUCAAGAGGUCAAGUGGAAUACAAAAUUCGGCUUUGCAUUCGUUACAUGUGGUGGUACCACUUAGUUGGGCUUAUAUGGACAAGUGAAUUCAUUCUAGCUUGUCAGCAGAUGAGCGUGGCUGGAGCAGUGGUUACUUGCUUCUUCAACCGAAAUAAGAGUAAACCACCAAGUCAUCCAGUCCUGUCUUCCAUAUCAGUUCUUUUUUGUUAUCAUCUGGGAACGGUUGUGAAAGGGUCCUUUUUAAUCACAAUAGUGAGAGUCCCAAGGAUUAUUCUAUUGUCUGUUUAUAGCAUCCUGAAAAAAAAGGAGAAUGCAUGUGCAAGAUGCAUAUUCAAAUGCUGUUUUUGCUGUUUCUGGUGCUUAGAAAGAGGCCUAAGAUGCUUAAACCAGAAUGCUUACACAGCAACAGCCAUAAACGGGACAAAUUUUUGGACCUCAGCAAAAGAUGCUGUCAUUAUUUUAUCAAAGAAUUCAACUAAGACCAUGGCAAUCAACUGCUUCAGUGACUUUAUCAUCUUUUUAGGAAAGGUGUUUGUGAUAUGUUUCACAGUUUUUGGGGGUUUGAUGGCAUUUAACUACCAUCGUGAAUUCCAUGUUUGGGUAGUUCCACUGCUGCUGGUUACUUUUUUGGCUUAUUUCAUCGCCCACAACUUCUUAUCAGUAUUUCAAACAAUAGUGGAUGUCCUGUUCCUUUGCUUUGCUGUUGACAUAGAAACAAAUGAUGGAUCUCCAGAGAACCCGUACUUCAUGGACAAAGAAUUAAUGGACUUUGUGUAUCAGACCAGCAAGCUUGCUUCAGAGAAUACAAACAGAAAUAAAAAGACCCUUCAUAACAAGGAAUAUGGCACAGAACUCCAGUCUAUGGCCAGCACUUGAGAUGGCUGUAAAACUAUAUGUGGCAAAACAGCAAAAUUCAGACAAAAUAAAAUGAAGGUUGCCAGUGUUUCAAGAUAAAUUAUAUCCUUAAUUGGUUUGUACAUUUUGCACUAGAAGAAAUGACUAAACUCACUCUCCCUCUGUAAAAAAAGAAAAGAAAAUUCAACACACAUGGUUUUAUCAAAAUAAUAUUUAAGGUUUUUAUAAAAUUGUAUUAAUAAUAAACUCUGCUGUAAUAUUUGUGCUUAUACUUUGACAUGACAAAGUCAGUGCUAGUUCGGCAGCACAUUUGAUUAAGAACAGCCGUCGCCGUGAUCAUAUCACUCCGGUGUUAGUAGAUCUACACUGGCUACCAGUUGUCUACCGGGCCCAAUGCCCUAUACGGUUUCGUCCCAGUUUAUCUAAAGGAGCGCCUCCAGCAUCACCAGUUAUGCCGCCCGACAAGAUCAGCCACACAAGACCUUCUCUCGGUCCCACCAGCUAAAACAGCUAGGCUGGUGCGGACCAGAGAGAGGGCAUUCUCGAUUGUGGCCCCCACCCUCUGGAAUUCCCUUCCUUUAGAUCUUCGUCAUGCCCCCUCCCUGAUAGGUUUCCGCUGGGCCUUGAAGACCUGGCUGUUCAGGCUGGCCUAUGGGAUUUCUGAGAUGGGUUAGCUUUUAAUGCUGUUUAGUUUAAUUAUUGAAUGUGGUUUUCUGGUUUUAUAUUGUAUUUUAUUGUGUCAAUGUACGUCACCUAGAGUGACCGUUAAUUCGGCCAGAUAGGCGACUCAUAAAUAAAAUUUUAUUAUUAUUUUA